AUGCCGGUGCCCCCGGCCUUGGCUGGGAACCCGCCGGGGCCUCCGCAGCGGCUUCUGCGUUGCCCCGACUCCCGCUCAAAACCGGCGAAGGGAAACCCUCGGGUGGCUCCCCCUGCCCCAAGCCCUCAACCCCUCUUUUUUGUGCUGGAAAAUGCCUUCCCCACCUGCGGGCCUGCCCUGCGCAGGCUUGGGAAACAUAGCACGUAUCUUCUCCCUGCCCGUGGCCGUGAGCCAGGCACUGGUGCCACAGCUCUGCAGCCUGCUGGGCCUGAUCCAGUUGGCUGGCUCAGAGCACACCUCGUAAACGAGUACUGGUGGUACCCCUCGGACUUAAGUCACAACAAAUUAUCUUCAAUCAAGACCAGUCUCUUGGAUCACCUCCAUAGUCUUCAGGAAGUGAAGUUGAACAACAAUGAACUGGAGGUCAUUCCAGAUCUGGGACCAGUCUCUGCGAAUAUAACUCUUCUGUCUUUGACCAGCAACAAGAUUGCCAACAUAUUGUCUGAACAUCUGAAGCCAUUUCAGAGUCUAGAAACUUUGGACUUGAGCAACAACAACAUAUCAGAGCUAAAAAUAUCAUCAUUUCCAUCGUUACAGCUCAAGUAUCUGUACAUUAACAGUAACCGAAUAACCUCCAUGGAGCCUGGUACUUUUGACAAUUUGUCUACCACACUUCAAGUAUUGAAACUGAACAGGAACAAAAUUUCAGCAAUCCCUCAAAAGAUGUUUAAACUCUCCCAUCUGCAGCACCUGGAGCUGAAUCGCAACAAAAUUAAAAAAAUAGAUGGACUUACUUUCCAAGGACUUCCAGCUUUGAAAUCAUUAAAACUGCAGAGAAAUGGCGUUACUAGGCUCAUGGAUGGCGCUUUCUGGGGAUUGACCAACAUGGAAGUCUUGCAGCUGGACCAUAACAACUUAACAGAGGUAACGAAAGGCUGGCUUUAUGGCUUGCUGAUGCUGCAGCAACUCCAUCUCAGCCAGAAUGCCAUCAACAGGAUCAGUCCUGAUGCCUGGGAAUUUUGCCAAAAACUCAGUGAGCUAGAUUUGACGUUUAAUCACUUAGCAAGGUUAGAUGAUUCAAGCUUCGUUGGUUUAAGCGUACUGGUUGGACUGUACAUUGGAAACAACAAAGUAAAUUACAUUGCUGAUUGUGCCUUCCGGGGACUUUCCAGUCUACAGACUCUGGAUCUGAAAAACAAUGAAAUAUCAUGGACUAUUGAAGAUAUGAAUGGUGCCUUCUCUGGCCUAGAUAAACUUAGGAAGCUGAUACUCCAAGGAAACAGGAUUCGAUCCAUUACAAAGAAAGCAUUUUCUGGUUUGGAUGCACUUGAACACUUAGAUCUAAGUAACAAUGCAAUUAUGUCAGUUCAAGGAAAUGCAUUUUCACAAAUGAAGAAACUCAAAGAAUUGCAUUUAAACACAUCGAGUCUCUUGUGUGACUGCCAGUUAAAAUGGCUACCACAGUGGAUGUCAGAGAACAACUUUCAGAGCUUUGUAAAUGCCAGUUGUGCCCAUCCUCAGCUGCUAAAAGGGAGAAGUAUUUUUGCUGUCAGCCUGGAUGGGUUUGUCUGUGAUGAUUUUCCUAAACCACAGAUCACUGUCCAGCCAGAAACCCAGUCAGCAAUCAAAGGCUCCAAUUUGAGUUUUGUAUGUUCGGCAGCCAGCAGCAGUGAUUCCCCAAUGACUUUUGCAUGGAAGAAAGACAAUGAAUUACUGCAGGAUGCUGAAAUGGAGAAUUAUGCACACCUCCGGGCACAGGGCGGUGAAGUGAUGGAGUACACUACCAUCCUUCGGCUGCGCAAUGUUGAAUUCAGUAAUGAAGGGAAAUACCAGUGUGUUAUUUCAAAUCAUUUUGGUUCAUCCUACUCUGUCAAAGCCAAACUUACAGUAAACAUGCUGCCUUCAUUUACAAAGAUCCCCAUGGAUUUAACCAUUCGUGCUGGGGCAAUGGCACGUUUGGAAUGUGCUGCAGUUGGGCAUCCCGUCCCACAGAUUGCUUGGCAGAAAGAUGGUGGAACAGAUUUUCCUGCAGCGCGCAAGAGACGCAUGCAUGUCAUGCCUGAAGAUGACGUAUUCUUUAUUGUUGACGUAAAGAUCGAGGAUACAGGCGUUUAUAGCUGUACAGCUCAAAACACUGCUGGAAGCAUUUCAGCUAACGCAACGUUAACAGUACUAGAAACACCAUCAUUUUUGCGGCCUUUGCUGGAUCGAACUGUAACAAAAGGUGAAACUGCAGUCUUGCAGUGUAUUGCUGGUGGUAGCCCUCCGCCCCGGCUGAACUGGACUAAGGAUGACAGCCCUCUCGUGGUAACGGAAAGACAUUUCUUUGCUGCAGGCAAUCAGUUACUAAUUAUUGUGGAUACAGAUGUAGAAGAUGCUGGGAAGUACACUUGUGAAAUGUCUAAUACACUUGGAACGGAGCGAGGCAACAUCCGCCUUAAUGUAAUUCCUACUCCCACCUGUGAUUCUCCUCAAAACAUUGCCCCAUCACUUGAUGAUGAUGGAUGGGCCACAGUUGGCAUUGUGAUCAUAGCUGUGGUUUGCUGUGUGGUGGGCACUUCCUUGGUGUGGGUGGUCAUCAUCUACCACACCAGAAGGAGAAAUGAAGAUUGCAGCAUCACAAAUACAGAUGAAACAAAUUUGCCUGCUGACAUUCCAAGUUACCUGUCAUCCCAGGGGACACUGGCUGAAAGGCAGGAUGGAUAUGGUUCAUCUGAAAACGGCAGUCAUCAUCAGUUCCUCACAUCUUCUGUGGGAGGGUAUUUCUUGCAGCAGAGGGACAGUAAUGGCAUUUGCCAUCUAGAUAACGGCAGUGAAGCAGACUUGGAGGGUGUUGCAGAUCCGUUCCUCUGCCACUAUCUGGGGACUUCAGGGACUUUGUAUUUAAAAGGAAACACAUAUGGCUCUGAGGCCUUUGAAGCAUACACUACAAGUUGCAGCCCUGAUCAAAGAACAGCAUGCCUGGACCCUUAUGAAUCUGGAUAUUUAAAGAAAAAGGAAUGCUAUCAAUACUCACCUCCACUGGAAGAUCCCUUUGACCAGUGUGUUGGCAUUAUUGGGAUGCAGGCUACAGGUAGCAAAUUGAUUAACUCCGCUUAUACUCAAAAUGAAGGAACUGGACUAAAAAGAAAAAGUCUGAACUCCGACACGUUUGAUUUAAACAGAAGUUUGGAACCCUCAUCUAUUAUCAGUAACAGCACUUUCAUGGGAACAUUUGGAAAGCCUUUAUGGAGGUCUCAGCUGGACUCUCUUUCAAGUUGUAGACAGCCAGCAAAUUGCCAGCCAAAAACCUCCCGUAAUAAUCCUCAUGCCUCGCUGGACUUUGAUGCAGAGGCAGACGAAGAUGGAAAGGAAAGGACAGUUUCUAGAGGAGAAAAUAGCAUUUAUACUUACAAACAGUCCUUUGAAAACUUUAGGACUUCUACUUUCCCGUCCUGUGAUUUGGAUACAUAGCUCCUUUUGGACCUACCAUUGAUUUCUGGAACCAAAGAAAUACUUUGACAUACUACUACCUCAGUGUGGAAUUUUAUUUAAAAAGGGAAUAAGAAAAGGAAGAAGGGAAGAAAGAAACCAUGUGAUGCUAUGAAUUCAGAACAAAUAAAUGCAUUUUUAUUCAAAUAAAGCAUAAUUGCCAAAAUGCUCUACGUUUUAUACAGGGAAAACAUUCCUUAUAAAAUACUAUAUUUCUAAUUAUUUUAUAGCUUUGUUUUAUGCAAAUAAUAUCUUUUGUAAAUUAACGGUGUAAAUAAUACAGCAUAUGUAUUUCUAUGUCAGACUUCCAUUUUAUUGAAAUGAGUAGUAAGCAUUCUAAUUUUGUACUGUUACUUGUACCUUUUUACAAAUGGAAACUUCAUGCUGUUUGCAGGUAUCAUGCAUCUUAUUUGCACAUUACUUUUAAUAAAAUAUGCUGCCAUGUGGUCUCUGACCCACAUU